AUGAAGUUCAACAAAAGUGUCUCCGCGUCCCGCAGAAAGGCCCGCAAGGCCCACUUCGGGGCGCCCUCGAGUGUCCGCAGAAAGAUCAUGACGGCGCCUCUCUGCAAGGAACUCCGCAAGAAAUUCAACGUCCGCUCACUGCCCAUUCGCAAAGACGACGAAGUCAUGAUUGUCCGCGGCCGCUUCCACGACCGCGAGGGAAAGGUCACUCAGGUGUACCGCAAGAAGUUCGUCAUCCACAUCGAGCGCAUCUCCCGCGAGAAGGCCAACGGGGAAAGCCUCAUUGGGAUCCACCCCAGCAAAGUCGUGAUUACGAAGCCGAAGCUGAACAAAGACAGAAAGGCGCUGCUGGCGCGGAAGGGCAAGGCGGCGAACAAGGGCAAGUACACGGAGAAGGACGUGGCCCAGGUCGACUGA